CUUUAGAAAAGGAUUUAAAAGCUUGGGAAAGCACGGUGUCAAAAGUCCAGCAAGAACACUACUAUUUAACAUUCUUUCCUGCUCGACACAUUCUUUCCUUUUAUGACUAUUUUAGCAACAGCAAAGGGCCUAAUCGAAAAAUUUGCGAAAAAACUUGCGAAACUCUCGUUAGAUAUGUCAAUUUUGGAGCAAAAUUGCCGCCAAUACGAAAUCCUAAAGAUGCACUAAAUGUUAAAAACCAUCAUUACAAAGUCCUUUGUGACAUUGGAAUAAGAUUAAAGAACAUUUUUGAAUCUCUACCAAAACAUCCUAUUCCUUUCGAAGAAUGUGGUGAACGUAUAGUUUCUGAUGUUGUAUAUCCCGGAAAGCUAUUUGUCGCUGCAUGUGGUGAUCGAUCUGUUAUACCUAAUAUUAUAAUGUCAUUAUAUGCUAACAGUAAAUUUUAUCCUAACGCGUGGCAACUCUUAAUAUGCACACCGUCUACAACUUCUGAGGAAAUAGCAAUAUUUAUCAAGAGAUGUUCAUUUGCUUCAAACAAUGGAUACAAAGAUCAUCUUUUUUGUAUGGCUAAUCUAGAGGCUCUUGAUUAUAAGUUACAAUAUUAUGUAGUUAAACAAAUACGAAGUCUUUUGGAUAAAGCCAAAACUUUUUACUUGGCUUUGAUUUGUUGUCAAGAAUCCGGAAUGCAUCAUCAUAUUUUGGAUCAAUUUUCCGAAGAUGUUCGCUUAACCAAUGGAUUAAGCACUAAAUCAAUGAAAGAGUCGUAUAGAGCAAUAUGCGAAAAAGUCAUCUGUGUAACUUCUGAUUUAUCUGGACAAGGAAAAACUGAAUGGAUCAAACAAGAAAGUUAUAGAAAAAUGGUUAUUCCGC